AUGAUAUACGAGCAAGCCGUCGAUUUCACCGCCCCCAGCCCGGGCUCGCCACCGGGCAUGACUGCCUCCAAAUCCUCCAAAUCCUCCUCGUUCCACUCGAUCAGUUCCGACGACAACAGCGUUCUAUCAGAUGUCAACCACUUCGAAGAUAUCGGUCUUGACGACGACACGAUCCCCCGCCAUGACCGGGACAAUAUCAAAAGCCAGCCGAACCGGUUCUCUCCUUCAUUCUCCGCCGACCUUAGGGUCGCUUCUUUACAACAAAAAGGCCCGCACACACAUGCACAUAUGUCGCGGGACCUAGCGAAUAUACGCCGCCCAAAUGCAUCGCCCAACAGCCGCCCGUCCUAUCCCAGCCUGCAAACACAAGUCCGAUCCGUAAAUGUGCGCAGCACGCACACCAAUACUCUUCUUCCCGAGGCAUCGUCUGCGAGAAGCCUAUCAAGAUCUUCGUCGCUUUCAUUUCGCCAUCGAAGCCCAAGCCCUCGUGUUCAUUCGACUCCUGGCCUGAAAAACCCUUCAUUACCGGCGAAGCUUAGGAGGAGCAGCUGGCAACCGACACGUGAGCGAAAGACAUCGUUGGAGCUGGAGCUGGAGUGCGAUGAGGACGAAGGCGACGACAUCCCAGACGGGCUCGUUUUAGACAACGUGCCAAUCUCGCCACGGCCGCCGUCAGAGCGCUCUCGACCCGUCAGCUCUGCAAGUUCUAAGACCGGCUCACCUGAUCGUGGUUCCAAAGAUAAGCGCAAAAGCGUGGGAAAUGGUACGCCGCCGGUUGCUAUCGCCCAAGGGUCGCUGCGGUCACCGGCAUGGAGAUCCGAGGCGCUCAAAUCGCCCGGGGAGAUGCCUGGUCCGGUCAAGAUGCGGGCGAAGAGCUGGACUGCCGCACUUUCUGAGCUGAGUCUAGAAGCUAAAGUCCUGACGGAAAAGCUGGAAGAGCACGCGGACGAGUUGCAGCAGAAGGCACAGCGGUCUAGCACGGGCUCCAUGCCUGUUGUACGACGAAUUGUGACGGACCCUGUGAACAACAAACCGCGGCACAAUUCGGCUCAUCCGGAACUCCCGCCUCUUCGGCGAAGCAACAUCAUGAUCGACCCGCUCCCGGUGUCGAAGGAAAAGGAGGCCGUACUCUCCCGGACCCGCCCAUCGUGGCUGCCGCCCAAGGAUCCUGCCGAAGAACGACGGCAUCUGAAGGAGUACCAGAAGAUGAUGGCUCACAGCGCCGAGGCAGAGCGCCGCCGCGAGGCGGACCGCCGUGCACGGUCAGACUGUCGGGACACUGCCGCAAAGGGCCUGAUGCAAAUUUGGGAGCAGGACAUCAUUCCACGGUGGUCAGAAGCGGUCAGGGAACGCCGAACCCGCGAACUUUGGUGGCGAGGAGUUGCACCACGGAGCAGAGGUGGCGUCUGGGCAAGAGCCAUCGGAAACGAACUAGGCCUGACAGAAAUGUCAUUCCAGGCAGCGCUCGGACGAGCUAGUGAGGUGGAGGCGCGCAUCAAAGCUCAGACUGGAACACCGGACGACGAACGCUAUGCGUCACAUUUUGCCGCGAUUCGUAGAGACGUUGAGCACUCUACAUGGAAAGAUUUGAAGAUCUUCCAGGCUGGCGCACCGCUCAACCUCGGCUUGAUGGACGUUCUGAUGGCAUAUUCCAUGUACCGAAGUGACAUCGGGUAUGUCUCGGGCUGCAACACCAUUGCAGCUCUGCUGCUUCUGAACCUGCCUGGUCCUGCAUCAGCUUUUGUUGCAUUGGCAAAUGUACUGAACCGCCCGCUUCCGCUCAGUUUUUACGCCGCAGAUUCUGGUGCCAAAUCGUCGGCUUAUAAUCUGCUCUUGCAGACCCUGUUGGCAAAGUCUCCUGCUUUGUACUAUCACAUCACCAGCUUCCCUGACCAUGAGCCCGACUAUUGUUUCGGAAGUUUAUUCACGUCCUUGUUCACAAACUGCCUUGCUCUGGACGAAGCUGCCCGGCUCUGGGACGUCUAUGUUUUCGAGGGCGACGCGAUACUAGUUCAUGCUGGCGUUGCAUAUGUCAUGGGGAAGGAAAUGGAGCUUUUGGGGGCUAAGAACCAGGAGGAGAUUCGCUCGAUCCUCCACCGCUAUGAGGACGGCCAUGGUGGACGCCGAGCUGUUGUUGCCCAGUCGGGCGAAGAAGACCGCUGGAUGAAGUCAGUCAGAGCAGUCGGUAAGGCAUAA